UUGUGGACACUUUUAGUUCAUUUUGCAGUUUGAGUUGAACAGAACAGCAUCGAAUGUGAUGUGAUAAGAUUUAAAAUUGGAUUCUCGAAGUGCAAGUGCAAAUCACGGUAUCGUUUGAAUUGGUUGAUAUUCAGUUUAUUGAAGUGUGUUUUUCAAAUUACUUAAUUUGCUAUCAGGUAAGUUUUAUACAGCACUGGCUGCAAAUUGGUUGAUUUAUUAAUUAUUAAUAAUAGUCUCCCAUAGAUUGUCUGCUAUGCCUACCACAUACAAUCCAAACUAUGAAAAUUCAUUUCCAUGGUGUUCUCCUGACCCGAAGGACGUAUAUGCAGCGGUUUGCAAAUGGUGUAACAAAAAAAUAAAAAUCAACACUAUGGGUAGAGUGGCUUUGUUAAGUCAUGAAAAAAGCAAAGCACAUCAUCAUCAAGUGUUGGUUCGAAAAACUAACCUUCCAAUCAGCCAUUUUUUACCAAAUCAAAUCGUUGGUAAUAACCUGUUGUCGUCAUCUCCGUCACUUUCUUCAAUUUCCACUGCAAUGGCUACCCAAAUCUCAGCUUCAGAUUCUUCCACGAACACUGAUAAUCAACACUCUAAGGCUUCCAACGUCUUGAAUAGAUUCAUGCUAAACGAGCAAGUUACAAGUGCUGAAAUUGUGUGAGCUCUGGAAACUAUUGCCACUCAUAACUCCUAUCGCAGUGCUGGGGCUAACACUAAUUUGUUCAAAACUAUGUUUCCGGACAGCCAAAUUGCCGCCAAGCUCGAGAUGGGACGCACAAAACUUGCGUAUCUAAUAACUUUUGGUCUGACACCUUAUUUCACAAACGAAAUAUUUAAGCAACUUGAUGUAUGUUCCGAAAUAGUAAUUGGUUUCGAUGAAACAUUGAACAAAGUUUCACAACGCCAACAGAUGGAUGUUAGUGUGAGAUUUUGGAAUGAAAAUAAGGAACAGGUAGAAUGUCGAUACAUUGGAUCAGCGUUUUUAGAUUCUUCUCGUGCAGUUGAUCUCCUUAACGGAUUGAAACAGUGCACAGAAAGAAAGCCUGCUCUACUGAAUAACGUGAUUCAGCUAAGCAUGGACGGACCGAAUGUAAAUUGGCGUUUAAUGAAGGACUUAUGCGAAGAACUUCGAAAUCUGCGUGGGGUACCAUCUUUUGAUUUAUUAAACAUAGGUAGUUGCGGCUUACAUGCUAUUCAUAAUGCUUUUAAAAAUGGUAUGAAGCACACUGAAUGGAACAUUGACGAGUUUUUGACAUCCCUCUAUUAUUUGUUCAAAGACUUUCCGUUGCGCCGUGCAGAUUAUAAAGAAACUACCGGAUCCAAUUUAUUCCCACUGAAAUUUUGUCCUAUUCGAUGGGUUGAAAAUUUGAAUGUGGCUGAGCGUGCAUCUAAAAUGAUUCCUUAUUUGAAAGUCUAUGUGGCUGCGGUCAAAAACCAACGUGACAAAAAACUCAAGGAAGGUCACCAUUCUUUCAAAAGGAGUUUUGCUGCAGUUGCUCAGUCUAGGCCAUUCGCUUUAAUAGAAAAGACCAUUUCUGAUGAAAUGUUGAGCCCAAAACUUGCCUUUUUUAUUUCCUCAGCUGGAUGUGUGGAACCCUUUUUGCGAGAAUUUCAAUGUGAUGCUCCUAUGGCGCCAUUUUUGUUUGAUGAGUUAUCUUCAAUUACCCAUUCUAUAAUGAGUAAGGUUUUAAAAUCGGAAUACUUAAAUGUAAAAGCUAAAGCGAUUACCAAUAUUGAGCUCAAAGAUAACAACACACUACCGACAUCGCAAGUUGAUAUAGGCUUUGGAGUCAAAGCGGCAAUUAAAACAAUAAUGACAAGUGGAAAAAUAUCUGAAAAGGUGAUCCUUCAGUUUAAGAACGAUUGUAAAGCUUAUUAUAUUGCAUUUUUAACAAAAAUUUGUGACCGUUCUCCACUGUGAGACCAUCACAAAAUCGCUUGAUAUUGCCUUGAAAAGGUUGGAGUACUGCCUAGAUUACAUGGUCCAAAGAGACCAUUUAGGGGGUAAUGUAGCGGACAAAGUUCGUCAGGAAUUCACAAAUGCGGUAGAAAUUUUUAGCAUAAAGUCAUCUCUAGCUGCCUACAAGCGACAUGAAUGUCGACUAGAUAAUUUUUGGUUUAAAGUUCUUGCGGAUUCGAGAAAAGAAUUCUCAAACUUAAGAAUUUUUUUUAAAAAAUUUUAAUUCUAUCACAUGGCAAUGCAACACUGGAGCGAGGAUUUUAUAUAAACAAAGAGUGUCUGAUAGUUAAUUUAAUCGACGAAAGCUUAGUGGCGCAGCGAAUAGUAUACGACGCUAUUUUGAACGCCGGUGGUGUUUUAGGGGUAGACAUAAAUAAAUCACUCAUCCAGUACGCCCGAAACGCGCAUGGACGAUACGUCGAGAGCCUGGAGCAAAAGAAGAAGGAAAGGGCACAAAAGGACGAUGCCAGUGCUAGAAAAAAGACAACGAAUCAAGCACUUAAGGAAUUAGAAUUAGUUAAAGCCAAAAUUCUCGCAGAUGCUCAGAAAGAAGUAGCCUUGAUCGAAGAGAAAAUGAGUAAUUUGAAUAAAUAAGCUGUUUCAGCAAUCUUAUAAAAAACGUUUAUAAUGCUUAAUAGUUUUAUUUUUAAAUAAUAGUUUAAGGUUAUUUUAUUUAAUUCUUGUUACAUCGAUAACAAGCAGCUUUGCACUGUCAUACUAAUUAUAGACGAAGUUAUAAAUACUAUUAGAGUUACCUAUAACAUUGUCAAAAAAUGCUUUGAAAUUUUAGUAUCGCAUAAGGCAAUCAACUACGGGCAAAUGAAGUGUAAUAAACCGGGAAAACCCCUAAAAAAUCCGGGAAAAACCGGGAAAAAACCGGGAAUUUCAAAUCCUGAUUCGAGUGGCCACCCUGACUAAAGCAUGUGUUCUUUUCUGCUGAAAAACGAGUAUUCAGUGGCUCCAUCGUGCGCGAGGCGUCAAAUUACCCUGAGGCUUUGCUUCCAGAAGUUGCUGAACUUGAACUGCUUCCCGAAACUUGUAGGCUUGUAAAAGGAAGUAAGGUGAUCCCAAACGGAAAUGACAACAGACAAAAGCGCUUUCCAGCAGUUCCAGCGAAUACGCUCGUUUCGGAACAAAGCUCCAGAAUGCUCUUACUCCCAAGCUAUGAUGUACGAUCUGUGAAGUACUCGCUUAUCGUGGCGUAAGUGAUCUUUAACUUCUGCUCCGUUUGCCGGGGUGUAGGCACACGCUGAUUGUAAGUCAUCUCCAUUUCCCUGUGCGCGUGAUGUUUGCAUCUCUCUGUCAAACACUGGGAUUGGGUGCACUCACAUCGUUAAGUGUGUAUAAUUUACCGCCAGCACACAUGGGAAGGAAGCUUCCAAACGAUUAUUUUAUUCCAUAAUCGCUUAGGAAAAGGUAAGCCAUUUAUCCAUUAUAUGCAAAU